UGGGAAUAUAUAGUUGUGCCAGAUCGUCUGGGCGAUAGCCGUAGCCGUCUAAACAGAGCAUGAAGUGAAGGAGGGACAUUUUGCGUGUCGUUAUUGUCGUGUCCUGAAAGGGUUUCUUCUUUUGAGUCUCUGAUUAUUUCAAAAAGCUUGAGCUUUAAUGGGUUCUUCGUACUGUUGCAUCCUCGGGACUCUGGAGGGAAUUCAUAGCUUUGACAGUUAUGCUGUGCCAUUCCUUCUUUUCUUUCUCUCGGUCUUUAUUUUUCUAUCUCCCAGCUUCUGCCUGGGAGUUAUUUCGUCAGCCCUGGUGGUUGUGGCUCAUCAACCUCGUGCGCUACAACAACUGGAAAGAUUAUUGCUUUUUGUAUUGGCGAACACUGAAGUGAAGGGUCGGGUUACUAAAGAAAGUCGUUCCAAAUGGCAUCAACAUCGGGUGUCCCCAAUAUUCAAUUCCCUGUGACAGAGUCAGCUUCGAACUAUUGUCUGUAUCCUGCUCCUCUUGCAAAAUUUGAUGAUGUUGCGGCUGAUCGCAGGCUCUUUUUGCAUUCCUUGGAGAAGCUCCACAAAUAUAUGAAUUCCAAGUUCUUCAUUCCCGUUAUGGGGGGAAGAGAACUAGAUUUGCAUCGGCUUUUCUUGGAAGUGACUUCUCGUGGAGGCAUUGAGAAAAUUAUAAGGGAGAGAAGAUGGAAAGAAAUAACUGCUGUUUUCAAAUUUCCAUCUACAGCUACAAAUGCUUCUUUUGUGUUGCGGAAGUACUAUUCUUCAUUGCUUUACCACUACGAACAAAUGUACUAUUUUAAGACCCCAGGAUGGAUUCCUACAACUGAUGAUUCGAGGAGUCCAUCGAAAGUGCCAGUUCCUGCUCCGCGAAAGCAGCAGUUUUUGCAUCCCCUAGUUAAUGCCUCUGAAUUGCCUGAAGCAACUUCAGCUUGUUCUGUGGGAACUCCAGUGAUUGGGGUGAUUGAUGGAAAAUUCGAAAGUGGGUAUCUUGUUACUGUCACAGUGGGUUCAGAGAAACUUAAAGGUGUACUAUAUCAGGCUCCACAAAACCCUGCAUUGCCAACAAUGCUGCAACAUGGUAGUGUUCCAGUUAGUUACCUUAAUACCUCACCAGCUGCUUUGGGUGUCCAUCGACACCGACGCAAGAAAUCUGAGAUAAAAAAAAGAGAUCCUGCACAUCCCAAACCUAAUCGAAGUGGAUACAAUUUCUUCUUUGCAGAGCAGCAUGCAAAAUUGAAACCACAUCAUCAUGGGAAGGACCGAGAAAUCAGUAAGAUAAUCGGUGAACUCUGGAACAAAUUGAUAGAGCCAGAGAAAGCAGUUUAUCAGGAGCAGGCUCUUAAGGAUAAAGAGAGGUACCAAGCUGAAAUGGAGGGUUAUAGGGAGAAAAUGAAAACAGGACAGGGUGUGGGUGAUGCUGUGCCGCUACAACAACAAAUUCCGGGUAAGGAUAUGAUGGAUACGGACUUAAAAGUGGAUGAAACUGAGGGAGUAGUAUUUCCUCAAACAGCAGAUGAGAGCAGUUCUGGUGAAAGUGAAUACGAAGAUGAUAAAGGUGCAGAGCAUGAUUUGGGCAUGGAUGCGUCUGCUGGAAUGAUAGGAGUGGGUGCCGAAUCUAGCUAUCUGGGUGCAGAGAAGCUAUCAAAGGGGGGAGAAAUGGAGCUUCAGAAUAAAGAAGGGAAUGAUGAUGGAGAUCGUGCUCAAAAGAUGGGUGAGAGCUCAAGCAUGAUGGCUAUGCAGUAAAGAGCAGAGCAAAGGAGCAAAGAAUCUUUAUCAACAUUUUUUAGUUUUGAGAUGGCUGAAAAUCUCAGGCUUAAUAUAGGCUAGAUUGCCCAAAAUGAAUUAGGAUGUUACAACUUUUGUUGGUGUUUUCAAGGAUAUUUUGGAUGCUUAUAUGGGCGUCAUUUUGCUGUAAAUUUAGCAUGAUGCUAUAGACAUUCGCUAAUGAAGCAAUGGGUCUUGCAGGAUUUUUGUUAA